UAUAUACCCACAAUACCCAAUCCAGCACGCUCUCACUAAACGCCUCCGCCUCCCUCACCUCACCCUACGCCUAUACCCCCCUCAACGAGAAGAAUCCGCUGGAGACCAUACAAGCCGUCGCCCAAAAACGAAUCCAGACAUUAGGGUACAUCCGAUCAUUCUGGGAACGCCGAGGUGGGAAUUGGCUCAAUACGUACCAUAUCAUAUCGUCGGAGCUCGAUGAUGCCACGUCUCAAGUUCCGCCGGGACGGACGUUGGGGUAUUUCGUGUUGGGGAUGGCAUGUGGGUGUGUUCUCGACUUUCCGUACCAGUCGCAGGGGAGCACGGGACAGGGGGCGAAGGAGAUGGCGAGGGCGUGGAUGGGGGUUGUGAGGGAGUGGGAGACGCUCACGGGUGGGUUGAAUGAAGAGUCUUCUACCCCCGGUGGGGAACAGGACACGAAAGCGAAGAUGAAAUCGUUCUUCCGAAAAGGCUCUACUGCGUCACUAACUUCGCCCACCACGACGAUGGCAGCGGAAGCAGGGAAGGCGGGGGAGGGGAAAGGGGGUGUGGGUGGUGUCCAAGUCCCGGCUUUUGGGGCGGAGCAUGGGGUUGUGGUUGUCGCGUUGCUGGAUGUGUUGGUGGAGAUGUAUACCGCGUUUCUAUCGCUCGUCCCCUCUGACCCCAGCACAUCUUCCACCCAACAAGGUCGUCCACCAUCGUCGGCGGGUAUCUCGCGCGAAUCGUCCUUCGCGUCCGCAUCAUCAUCCUCUGCAUCGACCCUCACGGCCGGAGCAGCAAGUGCGAUGACCAGGGCAGAACAGACGCUUUUGUUGGACAUGUUCGUGAAGAUCGAUGGGAAGAUUAAGAGGGGUGUAGUGGGGAGGGAGGUCAAGGAGUUGGAGGGGAUCGCAAGGAGGGGAUUGGGGAGGGAGAUUAGGGGGGCUUUGGCCGGGUUGGGGGGGUUGUGACGCGAGAAUUCGAGGACUUCGAGACGCAAGGUGUGAUUUUAGCUAGAGGUACGGCAGACGAGGGAAGAGGUGUGGCAUUGCACAAGCAUGGGGAUACCGGUGUUGAGUGAAGCAUUCGUCGCGGACAGCCGGUGAAGAACUGUGGUGUUGAACAGAAUAUGGCAUUCGAGUCAACGGGCUUUGUUUGAAAUCGACUUACGAGAGUCCCGUUGCAAGACUGAAUCUCCAUUCUCAAUUCCACUGAAUGUCUCUUUAACCCGGCUACCACGGUGAAACAUAGCUGUGCGACUUGAGAAAGAAAAGACAGGGCCCUUCUCACAGUCAGUAUCCGUCUUCAACGAGAUAUGACAUUUUCUCAAGAGGGGCUUCCUGUGAUCAAUCGGCAAGAGGUCCUUGUUCCCAUCCAGUGCAAGAGUG